AUGGAUAUCUUCCAAGACUUCCCCAUCAUGCAGGACCUGUCCGCUUUCAAGCCGACUUUCCUUGUCUCUCAGGUUCUCGGGGCGCUGAUCGUGAUUCUCGUAGUCAUUUGGGGUGGACAGUAUAAUGGGGGUUACACAGGACCAUCGGAACCGAAAACGUGGUUCAACUGGCAUCCCGUUCUCAUGACGCUCGGCUUCAUAAUUAUACAAGGGGAUUCUAUCUUGGUUUACAGGGUACUGAGGAACGAGGCGAAACCUCGUCUGAAGUCAAUCCACGCCCUCAUGCAUUUCGCAACUCUCAUUCUCGUAAGCGUGGGAUGUAAGAUUGCUUUCGACUCUCAUAAUCUCCGCAGUCCGCCUAUACCGAAUUUAUACAGUCUCCACUCGUGGGUUGGAAUGGGCGUCAUCGUCGCCUUCGGCUUGCAAUUCCUCACCGGCCUUGCGUGUUUCUUGUAUCCGGGAGUGAGAAAAUCACUGAGGAGCAGGUUCAUGCCAAUCCAUGUAUUCGAUGGGACCAUGCUUUUCAUUCUAUCGAUUUGCGCCGCCCUCAUGGGAAUUAGUGAGAAACUUGUUUUCAAUGGAGGUUAUCAGAACGGAGGACCCGGGCCGAUGAUGGGAAACUUCAUUGGCAUACUCAUUGUUUUGUUCGGUAUCAUGGUGCUCUUCCUCCUGACGAAGCAGAGCUACAAGCGGAUUGCACCAGCGGAGGAACAAGUGUUACCGCUCGAAUGCUCUGAUGAUGGCAGUCAUCAUGACUGAAGAACCUAAGGCGUAGCUAAGCAGCAAACGCAUCGAUCUCAUCCGUUCGCUCGAUUGACCGAAUGUCCACAACGCGUGCCCGAAGGUGUUCCCGUAAUUCCUCCGCGAAGCAGCAUGCAAGCUCAUCGAAGGACUCCUCACUCCUCGCAAUAUAUCCAAGCCGAAAGAAUCGAACCUGGGCACGCCCCUAAAUGUGAAAGAAAACUUCCUUCCCGCUUUCCGAUCUCUCGGACGCAAAUCUUGUUUCCAGUCCCCACCUCGGACGAGGGAAUCAGCUCACCGCUAUAUCUGGGAUACAGCAUCAGAGGAGCAUAGCGUUAUAGUAAUAUCGACUCAUCGAGGAUCUUGAUUCGGUCCGGCUGCGGCGUGAAACCGCAAUCAUACCCCGCUCCCUACGAGCUCGGCCGGUGGGAACACCUGACGCCAUGCUAAGUUCGACUCUGCACGUCGCCACGGAUAUCUUAUCCUGGUCGAUGUCCACUCUGGAUCGUGGGGUCCUCAGUCAUUGGCAAACCCCACAUAAGCGCGGUUUUCAAGGUCUCAGGAGCGCUCGCUCGACGCUCGACGGAAGGUUUCGAAUCGAGAGAGGUCGAAACCGAGGAGUUCAGGUGUUCCGAGCCGGACGGGAUCUCAGGGAUCCGGGGAGCUCAACAAAACACGAACUAGGUAUCUCUUCGUGAUCCUCA